UAUUUUAUGCGUAUCACAAGUCUUAUCAGUCUUGUAAUAAUCAAAUGUGUUAAACGUUAUCACGACCGUUAAGUUUUCGCCGCUAAACCAGUGAUCGGAUAUAUUUAUUCGAUUAAGUAUUGAUCAGUUUGUAUUGACCGAUAUAUAUCCGUCCCCAUAAGGCAGGUGUUUUAUUCAAUUUCUCAUAUUUUAUCAUAUAACUAUUGUUAAUGUGCCGCCUAAUAUAAUGAGAUUUAAUACUGGUCAGUAUGUGGCAGGUGAUGUUAUUCAUAUAACUAUUGUUAAUACGCCGCCUAAUAUAAUGAGAUUUAAUACUUGGCAGUAUGUGGCAGGUGUUUUAUUCAAUUUCUCAUAUUUUAUCAUAAACUAUUGUUAAUGUGCCGUCCGAUAUAAUGAGAUUUAAUACUGGUCAGUAUGUUAUUCAUAUAACUAUUGUAAUGUGCCGCCUAAUAUAAUGAGAUUUAAUACUGGGCAGUAUGCGGCAGGUGUUUUAUCAAUUUCUUAUAUUUUAUCAUAUAACUAUUGUAAUGUGCCGCCUAAUAUAAUGAGAUUUAAUACUGGUCAGUAUGUUAUUCAUAUAACUAUUGUAAUGUGCCGCCUAAUAUAAUGAGAUUUAAUACUGGGCAGUAUGCGGCAGGUGUUUUAUCAAUUUCUUAUAUUUUAUCAUAUAACUAUUGUAAUGUGCCGCCUAAUAUAAUGAGAUUUAAUACUUGGCAGUAUGUGGCAGGUGUUUUAUUCAAUUUCUCAUAUUUUAUCAUAUAACUAUUUUUAAUGUGCCGCCUAAUAUAUAAUGAGAUUUAAUACUGGGCAGUAUGUGGCAGGUGUUUUAUUCAAUUUCUCAUCCUUUGUCAUAUUAAUUUAGCCGACCCAUAGGGGAUGUGUCGUAUCCCUACCAAUGAUAAAAUGCAUGUUAAAAAUCUACCCCCACCUAGCUGUGUAUCAAAUCUAGAUGGUCUCUUGGCUUCACACGAGUCAUCGAGUAGUCAGUCUGUGUUCGACCUUAUACCAUACUUCAGUCAUCGUCAUACUUGGUGUUUUUUCUCGUUCGUUAAGUUAUUUUUGUAAAUUGUCAGUGCUUCGCUAUUUUAUAACAAGUACGUUUAUUAACAUGGCCGGUUCAAUCAUGGAUAACUUAGCUGUAUACAAGAAGACCUUCACUUAUGUACCGCCGUCACCACCAGCCGAACUUAUUGAAGCAAGCAAUUUCACACUAAACUUUGAUAGUCGUAAGUUUAUUCAAAUUGGUAUUGACCCGACAUACAGUUUCAAAGUCGUUUUACUUAUAAUAACUCCAUCGCGUUAUGUUCAAAUUACACCGGACUUGUUAAAACAGAUAUUUGAUUUUAUGGGUCAUAUCCUAUCUUUUAUAUUGGAUCAACCACAAAAGUACAGACGAGUCACAUUUUUCGAAACCGAUUUAUUUAAACUAUCUAGUAUGGUGUAUUGCAACGAAAAUGUAUUAGUGGUAGAAUCAAAAAAUAGAGAAGGAUGCAGAGUUCUUCUAAAUCGUUCAGAUCUUCUUCAACUGCAAUAUUUAGAAUCUUCUAUUUUUGAAACCAUCGCUCGAAAAGAUAUAUUUAUCGCCCCAUUAAUUUUAAAACAAAUUGAUGAGUUUUGUGCGUACUUAGAAGAGAAAUGUUCUCGAGAGAAAUCACCACCAAAAAGUAUUGAAGAGAUGAAAAUGUACAUUAAGAACAUGCAACUCGAUCGGGCUGAUAGGGUCGUGCAAUCUAUUCCAAAUCUUUCGAGACAAAUUCAAAUAUAUGCUGCUACACAGUUGGCUGAAACUUGGGAAAAUAGGAAGGGACAAAAAUCACAAGAGUCAUGUAAUGUUGAUUCAAAAAUACUGUCACCCAGCUUUUCACCAAAAACCAUUAUCCCAAGCUUACAGGAUGAUUCAUCUAUAAUACGUGACGCAUUUGAUAAGCCGGAGGAUAAUAUUCUAGCUAAGCCGCUAGAUCAUAUUGAUGGUCCACAAUCACCCUCAAGCCCACGUUUGUUCAACAUAAGAGACGGGUUCAAUUUCUUCAAUCAAAUUAGUUCACCACCCUCAACUUACGUCAAUCACCCCACUGCAGCACCAUUACGUAAAGUGAAGCGUCGACUUCCACAAUCACCCACAAGUCCACAGCCGUUCGAUGUAAAUGACUGUUCGGAUUUCUUCAAUCCAAUUAGUACAUCAACACCAUGUCACCCAACUUACGCUGAACACCCUGCUGCACCAUUACGUAAGGUGAAACGUCGACUAUUUUAAUAUUUGUACGAAAUAAUAAUAAUGACUUAUGUAAAGUAAAAAUAAA